AUGAGCAGCCACGGGCGAACUACGACGAGCAGUGUCGCCACGCCCCCUCGUGACGAAGCCAUGGAACUCCCACACUGCGACCGCGCCGGCCAAGCACCUGCCACAGAACAAGAACAGUUUGUUAGCAAACGACAGCUGUGUCACAUGGAACACAGCCAUUGUGGGGAACGAGUGGCAUCGCCUGGGAAACGCCUGGGAGGUGACGUGGUGGGAGGGCAAGCGUUGGCGGCGCCGUCUGCCUUCGCUGGCCGCAGUCUCUCACCACAUCGAACAAGUAGUUCCCGCUUACGUAAUCCGAGUUCAGGGCAGCUGGCGGGCGACCCCGCGCGCGUCGUGCUCGCCGACUGCGUCGGACACGUCCGUUUCCGGUUCGCUUGGCCGCGUCCGCUGGCGCUCGCG